CAAUGCGUUCCUGAGCAUGCCUACAAGGCUUGAAAAUAAACAAAGACCGAAAGCGGGCGAUUGAUCAUUAAGCUGCCAUAAACUUAACUUAAAAUACUUUUGAAACCAUUUUUAGGUACUACAAACCCCCAGCAUCUGAAGAAAGACGUCUCUACAGCCAUGGAAAACGCAUUGUUGAUGCGAGUGAGUGUUUUUUCCGAUCAGGGAGGCAGAAAAUACAUGGAGGAUGUUACCGAGGUAGUAAUGGAGCCCGAGCCGGGGGAAGACGAGCUGAACUCGGACGAACAAGAUGAGACCAAAGGGAAUAGCUCGACGGCCGACAUUGUGCCGGAAAAGCCUGAAAACGAGCAUCAAGAUCGGACUGCACACAACGAUCCUCUAUCUGCCUCUGCAUCCACUACAGUUACAUGGACACAAAAUGUACAAAAUGGGAACCAACGUUUUGCAGCUGCUGCACUGGCAGGAUCGAAAGUGGAGAGUACUCCGGCUGCGACCAAGAGCGAUAACCACCCCCAGCGCUCAGUGGCUUUCUUCGCGGUGUUCGAUGGCCACGGAGGCCGCGAAGCAGCGCAAUUCGCAAGGGACUAUUUGUGGGAAUUCAUCAAGAAACAGCGGGGCUUUUGGUCCAAGGAUGACGAAGAAGUGUGUGCAGCUAUUCGGAAAGGUUUCGUUGCAUGCCACCAUGCCAUGUGGAAAAAGCUAUCCGAAUGGCCCAAGACUUUCACAGGGUUACCCAGCACCUCAGGCACCACGGCCAGUGUCGUGGUAGUCCGAGGGAACCGCAUGUACGUGGCCCACGUAGGAGACUCUGCCAUAGUGCUGGGGGUCCAGGAUGACCCCUCUGACCAGUUCAUCAGGGCCGUGGAGGUUACACAGGACCACAAGCCUGAGCUGCCCAAGGAGAGGGAACGCAUCGAAGGGCUGGGGGGCAGUGUGAUAAAGAAGUCUGGUGUGAACCGGGUGGUGUGGAAGAGACCCAGGCUGACUCAUAACGGGCCGGUCCGGAGGAGCACCGUCAUGGACCAGAUACCGUUCCUGGCCGUGGCCAGAGCUCUAGGGGACCUGUGGAGCUAUGACUUCUACAGCGGAGAGUUUGUCGUGUCCCCGGAGCCAGACACCUGUGUUCUGACCCUUGACCCCAGUAAACACCGUUACGUCAUCCUGGGCAGUGACGGGCUGUGGAACAUGGUGCCCCCCCAGGACGCCGUCUCCAUGUGCCAGGACAACGAUGAGGCCAUGGCGCCGUGCGGGGUGUCCAGCGCUCGCCAGCUGGUGAGCCACGCCCUCCUGCGGUGGCGCCAGAGGAUGCUGCGUGCGGACAACACGUCGGCCAUCGUGAUCGCCCUGCAGGAGCCGGGUGUCCCUCAGGAACCUCUCCACCACGAGGAGGUGCUGCUGAACCUGGCCGAGGGACAACACUGUGGCCCCGCAUCGGACUCCCGCUCCAACACACCACUCGUCAAGGUUCCAGACAUGGACAUGUCGUCUGCUGUGUGUGAGCUCCUCCCGACCCUGGAGAGACGAAACGGCCUAUCAGGGAGCAGCCUGUACGCCAUGGCCCUAUCAGAUCCCUUCGGCCCGCCCCUCUCUGACUCGGAUGACGACUCCCGCACCAGGUUUCCCUUGAUGACCGCCAGCCCCGCCCCGGGGGAGAAACUUAGUGAGGUCAAUGCCAGGAUGCCCGGCGGCAAACGGACGCUGGAUGAGACAUCGCCCAACCCCGUCCCGUCCGCCAAGAGGAGCCGGAGGAAGAAUGGCGAGACCACACCAGUGGGAGGGGCGGGGGUGGUGGGGGCAAAAGACGGUGGAGAAAAGGACCAGAAACAGUCUCCGACUCCGCCCCCUGCCAACGUGUCCCCUGCACUACUCCAGCAGCAACACGGCAAGACCACUGUGUGCGUGUGCUGAGAGACACACACACACCUACUCUCUCUCUCACACACACACACACACACACACUCUGCAGACAGAUGGAUCCUCCUCACCACACAUACAAACAGGGAUACAAGACCGACAGUAUCAUUCUGCUUCUUCUCUGACCUUUUUACAAAUGACUGAGAGACCCGGUCGCUUCUGACUGAGAGACCCGGUCGCUUCUGACUGAGAGACCCGGUCGCUUCUGACUGAGAGACCCGGUCGCUUCUGACUGAGAGACCCGGGUCGCUCCUGACUGAGAGACCCGGUCGCUUCUGACUGAGAGACCCGGUCGCUUCUGACUGAGAGACCCGGGUCGCUCCUGACUGAGAGACCCCGGUCGCUUCUGACUGAGAGACCCCGGUCGCUUCUGACUGAGAGACCCCGGUCGCUUCUGACUGAGAGACCCCGGUCGCUCCUGACUGAGAGACCCCGGUCGCUCCUGACUGAGAGACCCCGGUCGCUCCUGACUGAGAGACCCCGGUCGCUUCUGACUGAGAGACCCGGGUCGCUUUCAUUGAGGUCAUUACAAUGAGGUCAUCAUACCAUAUGUCCAUGUCAGCCAGUCAGACAGUCAGCCAGCCAGCCAGCCAGUCAGUCAGUAAGUCAGUCAGUCCAGUGUGGGCAUUUUGUACACUUGUCUCUGAUAUCUUUUGUCUUACUCUGUUCCCCGGAUGGUGGAGAAUGAUUUUAAGUGGUGGUCUGUCGUUUUUAAAUAAUUUUUUAAACACCUGUAAGUAACUCUGUGAUACAAACGAAGGGUAAACAUUUUCUGGCUGCAAAACGGCUCUUGCAAACACAUACAAAGUUUCCCAAAAUAACCACAACAUUUGGGGUCAAACAGAGGGUGGACUUCCACAUCUGAUGAUGACAUCACAUGGAACACAUUUCCUCAGUUUUCACUUGAAGUCCACAUAAAGUUACAAGAUACUGUUACACUCUCUCUCUCUCUGUCUCUGUCUCUGUCUGUCUCUGUCUCUCUCUCUCUCUGUCUCUCUCUCUGUCUCUCUCUCUGUCUCUCUCUGUCUCUCUCUCUGUCUCUCUCUCUCUCUGUCUC